AUGAAAGGCAGCCUCUUCGACGUUCUGCUCGCCACGACGGAACGAGCGGCGGAGAUUCUCGAGAGCGAGAGAAAAGCCGCCGCGCAAAUCCCACGCCCGAAGCGCAAAAUAGAGAAACCCUCCUCCUCCGACUCGAAGAGAAGAAAGAUCCCAAACCCCGCCAUCAACAGCAACGAACGCCCCCCGCUGCCGGAGGAAUUCAAAAUUGCGAUCGAAGAGAUAUCGCGUGGGGCGGACGCGCCGGCGAAAUUGGUGAUACAGAAGCAGCUUUACGGCACUGAUUUGAGCAGCCGCCACAACCGGCUGUCGAUCCCGAUGAACCAGAUCGCGGACGAUUUCUUGACGGAGGGAGAGAAGGAGCACCUCCGCGGCUACGACUCGAAGAGCAAGAAGAAGAAGUACUUGGAUGUGAAGGUUGUGGGGCCGUCUCUGGCGGCGUCGGAGACCGUCAAGUUCUCGCGGUGGGACAUGGCGAAGAAGGACGGCGGGAAGACGUCGUCCAGCUACGUUAUCAAUGGGAAGUGGAAUGCUAUUGUGGCUAAGCACAAAUUAAGGAUUGGGGUGGUGGUGCAAUUGUGGUGUUUCCGAGUUCAUCGGGAGUUGUGCUUCGCCCUCGUGCGCCUGCCGCCGGGGAAUGGCUCGCUCGGCGCCUGA